AAAAAAAAAAGAAAAAAAAAAAAAAGGAAAAAAAGGAAAAAAAGAAAGAAAAGGCUCGAUCUGGCGGAUAUUCAAUUCACCAUGUACUUAAAAGGAAGGGUUCGAUCGAUCGAUUUCUUCUUUUUUUCCCUCUUUUCUUUAUUUGCUUUUUUUUCUUUUUCUUUUCUCUAGUGAAAAAUAAAAAAAAAGCUCUUUUCAUUAUACUGAAGAAACCUCAACUGAAUCAAUAUAUGGAACUCCUUGUUAUUCUCUCUGACAGUACCAAGCCACCUUAAGAUAUCAUUCUCGUCUCAUGUUAAAAGACAGAACAAAAAAUGACCAACACUGCCCACGACAAGAAACAAACAAAUCCCACCAACAUGACUACUCCCUCGCUUCAUUCCAUUACUCAUUCGGAAAACACAAAACAAAACAACUUCUACGGUCAAAAUCGUCAUCGCUUUGCAACUGAUGUGGAAGUCAUUACGAUUCCUGAUAUCAAAAAUACCACUACAAUAGACUCAGAAAAUGAAUCGCCUCCUGCUCAUGCACUCUCAAAAUUUAAGUAUCUCAAGUAUCGUUUGCAAACAUUUUUCUUAGGACGUCGACAUGUCUCUGUUAAAGGUGCCCAAGAACAAGAACAAAUCAUCUUACGUGAAUUGGAAAAGUAUAUUCCUUUGACAUGGCCUGCUGUACUGGAUAUUUUGGAUUGCACUCGUACUGGUUUGACUGAUGAAGAAGCCAAAUCGCGUCUUGCCAUUCAUGGUCCCAAUGAACUUACUCGCUCCAAGUUGACUCCUGCUUGGCGUUUGGUUAUUCAAUCUCUCAUUCAUCCCUUCAAUAUCCUUCUGGCUCUUCUUGGUAUUGUAUCUAUUGCUGCCUCUGGAGACAAUGUCACUUUUGGUUUCACGUUUGCCAUGAUUCUUCUUUCAUCCACUCUAGCUUUUUAUCAAGAAUAUUCUUCUCAACGUUCCUUCAAGGCUAUGCGAGAAUUGGUUGAAGUCAAGGCCCGCGUCACUCGCGUUAUCAAUGGUACAAGUCAAGAAAUAGAAAUUCCUGUGAAAGAUGUCGUGCCGGGUGAUAUACUGAUUUUGAAACCUGGUGAUGUAUUUCCUGGUGAUUGUUUCAUUAUUGAAAGUAAGAAUCUUUUUGUCUCUCAAUCUGCUCUUACUGGUGAAUUUUUACCUGUGGAAAAACAUGGCAAUGAUGCUAUUACUGUUACCCUCGAUGAAGUACAAGGUAUUCUAAACAAAUCUUCUCAAGAAUCCUCUUCUGACAAGGCCAUUCCUGCAACUACUACACCACAAAGUUCUACUCUCAAUACAAGUAUUUUUGAUACGCCUUGUCUUUGUUACAUGUCAACAAGCGUGAUAUCUGGUACUGGUGAAGCUGUUGUACUUUCUACUGGUAGUAAGACAUAUAUCAAUAUGAUCUCGGAAACAUUGCAAACCGAUGAUAUGAAAGGUGUUAAUGCAUUCCAGAAACAGAUUCGUAAGGUGGCUUUCCUUUUACUUGGUUUUGGUGCUGUCAUGGUUCCUAUUGUUAUUGUUAUCAAUGGAUUUACUGCUCAUGAUUUUGUUGCUGCUGGUUAUAUGGGUAUAUCCAUCUUGGUUGGUCUUACUCCUGAAAUGCUACCUAUGAUUCUUAAUACAAAUUUGGCUUAUGGUGCUCGUGAAAUGGCAAAACAUAAGACAAUUGUUCGUCGAUUGGAUUCUAUUCAAACCAUUGGUUCUAUGAAUGUAUUAUGUAGUGACAAGACUGGCACUCUGACAACUGAUAAUGUUAGUGUGCAUAGUUCUUUGGACGGACAUAAAAAUCCCAAUGGACAAGUGAUGGAAUAUGCUUAUCUCAAUUCUCAUUUUGCUAAUGGUCUCAAGAAUGUUUUGGAUACUGCUAUUGAACGCUACGAUGAUCAACUUGCCCAUUUGGAUGACGCCUAUGAAUUAAUUGAAGAACUCCCAUUUGAUUUUGUUCGUCGUCGUUUAUCUGUGAUUUUACGUUCCAAGUCAUGUGGAAAAUCGAUAAUUGUCUGCAAAGGUGCUGUAGAAGAAAUGCUCUCAGUAUGUAGUCAGGUUCGCCAUUACAAGACAAACAACGAAAAUGACGAUGAUGAUGGUGAUCAACCAAUGACUGAUGAAGAACGAUCUCGCCUAUUGAAAGUGUGUGAAGAAUUGAAUGAAAGUGGUCUUCGUGUCCUUGCCGUUGCUUAUGGUACUAUCUUCCCUGUUGGUCGCCCUUACAACUUUGAAUAUGACGAACGUGAUAUGACGUUCCUUGGAUUUGUAACCUUUUUGGAUCCUCCUAAACCUGAUUGUCGUGAUGCGAUCCAAGAUUUUGCCAAUUAUCAUGUGAAUGUCAAGGUAUUAACCGGUGAUUCUCUUGCUGUGGCCAAACAAGUAUGUCAACAAGUUGGAUUGGAUGUGACCAAUACGAUCUCUGGUGAAGUUUUGGAUAAGAUGACUCAUGAAGAAUUUGAUGAAGCAGCUCUUCGAUGUACGGUAUUUGCAAAGUUGACACCUAUUCAAAAAUGCACACUUGUCAAUUCCUUACAACGACAAGGAAAUACAGUUGGUUUUCUUGGUGAUGGUAUCAAUGAUGCACUGGCUUUGACUGCAAGUGAUGUUGGUAUUAGUGUGGAUACAGCGACACCAUUGGCAAAGGAUGCAGCUGAUCUGGUACUCUUGGAAAAAUCAUUACAAGUGAUUACACGUGCGAUUGUCCGUGGAAGAAUGACUCAUGCUAAUACAAUCAAGUACAUCAAGAUGGCAGCCUCUUCAAACUUUGGUAAUGUCUUUUCCAUGUUGGUCGCUUCAGCCUGGUUACCUUUUACACCCAUGCAAGCAAAUCAAAUCUUGGCACAAAAUUUGUUGUACGAUAUUUCUCAAAUAGCUAUUCCCUGGGAUAAUGUGGACAAGGAAUUUUUAGCAUCUCCUCACGAAAUGAAGGCAAAGGAUAUUUUCAGAUUCAUGCUCUUUCUUGGCCCUCUUUCCUCUGUGUUUGAUAUCUAUACCUUCUUGAUUCUAUGGUACGUCUUUGAUUUCAGAGACCCUGACACGCAAGCUAACUUUUUCCAAACGGGUUGGUUCUAUGAGGGCUUGAUCACACAAACAUUGAUUGUGCAUAUGAUCCGUACACAAAAAAUUCCAUUCUUGCAACGUAAUCCUGCUCUUCCAUUGGCUCUUUGUUCUCUUUUGGUGGUGGCCAUUGGUCUGGCUCUUCCUUAUACUCCUCUUGGUUCUACAUUACAAUUUGAACAUAUGCCUGCUCGGUACUUUGGAUUCCUGGUAUCUGCUAUUACUGGUUACUUUUUGUUGACUCAAGUUAUCAAGCGAAUAUAUAUAUGUUUAUUUAAAGAAUGGUUGUAAACCUUGUUUUUUUUUUUAUAAUCUCUUCUUAUUACCAUUUUACUUAGACCAUUUAUUAUUUAUUUUGAUUUUUUUUUUCCUUCAAUAAAUUUUGAUUUUUUGAUUCAUCUCUA